CCUUGAGACUGAGCAAACAUUCAGGUCCAGUAAUCACCAGACAGAAAUAAGAGUAGCAUACGCGAUACUCAACAGUCACCGCCACAGCCACCAAUAUGUUAGGCAAAGUCGUCCUCGAAGAAGCCUACGAGCGGCCUAACAUGCAAGAAAAGUCCAAGCAUGAGGCCAGUCUCUACAUUGCUCCCAAUGAUCGUCCCCGCUACAUGCGUCAAAUCAACGACAUCAAUCAAGAACGACUGAAGCUAGCCGACGCACACGGCAUCGGAUACACCAUUAUCUCACUCACCGUCCCCGGAAUCCAGGGCAUCGCCGACAAAGCCGAAGCCGAGCGAGUGGCCACCGAGACCAACAAUUGGGCAGCAGAACAAAUCAAAAACCAUCGGGACCGUCUGGGCGCCUUCGCUUGCCUCUCAAUGCAUGAUCCAGCUCAAGCCGCCAAUGAGUUGCGCCGCUGCGUCCGGGAAUUAGGAUUUCACGGCGCGCUGCUGUGCAGCUUUCAGCAUGCAGGUCCAGACGGCGAGACUUAUCUAUUUUAUGAUCGGCCAGAAUAUGAUGUGUUCUGGGAAGCACUUACAGAGCUGGACGUCCCCUUGUAUAUCCAUCCUGCUGCUCCGACCGGGGCCAUCUUCGAGAAACUCUAUGCUCAACGACCUGCGCUUAUCGGUCCCCCGCUGUCGUUUGCCAACGAUGUCAGUUUACAUACGCUGGGAAUCAUCUCCAACGGAGUUUUUGAUCGCUUUCCAAAUCUCAAAAUCAUCAUCGGUCAUCUGGGAGAGCACAUUCCGUUCGAUUUCUGGCGGAUUGACCAUUGGUUCCGAGACGUCAAGAAGCCAAUUGCGAAUGAGGAGGGUCGGGUCAUGGCACAGAAGAGCCUCUACCACUACUUCAAGCAUAACAUCUGGCUUACUACUAGUGGUCACUUUUCCACCCCGACUUUGAAGUACGUGGUCAAUGAGAUCGGUGUUGACCGGGUCCUUUUUAGCGUUGACUACCCGUAUGAAACAACCGAGAGUGGCUGUAACUGGUGGGAUCAUGAUAAGGAAGCAAUUGUUGAGGCUGUUGGAGGUAUCGACAAUUAUUAUGCUAUUGGUCGGGAGAAUGCGAAGAGAUUGCUAAGAUUGGACAAGUUUCACGACAGCGAUGCAUGAUGAGGUAACGCCUAUCUAUCGCACAGUGGUAUGUAGCGCGUUGCGCUAGAAUUCACUGUAAGUUAGGAUGGGACCAAAAGUCAAAUGAUGCACUUCAAGCAUUAGUUCGUAGACUAGCAUCGACGAGCAUGUCAAUAUAUCGAAUGAUCAGA